AUGGCUGACGAAGGUCGAUUCCCUCGCCUUACUUUCUCUCUCCAUCUCCAAUCAACAACCGUGGGAGCCUUCGCGGUCGCGGUUCUAGAAACAACCGCGGCGGAUUCUAGAAACAACCGCGGCGGAUUCUCGUCUAUGCGUGGCGGUCUCGCCACUAAGCCAGGCUGUGGGGACAUACUCACUCUGCAAUCAGCUCUUUGCAUGAAUAAGCUCGUUACUUCUCCUCUAUUCUACCUCUCACCCGUCAUGGAUGCUAUCCCCGAGGAUAUCUUGUUCGAGCUAUUCAGGGCCAUCACCAACUACAGAUCGCAUACGGACGUUUCGCUUGACAAGAAUGAAAUCGAAGAUGUAUGCAGCAUCCGUCUAGUCUGUCGUGGCUUUUACCAUCCAUGA